AUGAUGGAGAACAGGCCGCCCCUCACAUCUCCGGAUGGAUCCAGUAACAGAAAUCCCCCAGAGAGACGAUCCCGUCCUCUGUAUUCCAGGAACUAUAGGGAGCAUGAUGACAACAUCUCUCACUGCAAUAAGGGCACAAAUCAGAUUCAAGCUGAAGUGAAAGAAGAAAUAGGUGAACUGUAUGUGAAGGGUGAUGAGCCAUAUAAGGAGGAGGAAUUUUCUCCAGAGAUCAUCACAGCUGGUCCCAGUAACAGAAGUACACCACGAUAUUCCAGUCAUCCUUAUUCCCGGGAUUCUUCACUGGAAGAUCAGAAGAACCUACAGGAUUAUCAAGGUGAAGAUUUUUUUAAUAUUAAGGUUGAAGUGAAAGAGGAAGCAGAAGAGAUCUGUGAGAAGAGCAACAGGUCAUGUAAGGAGGAGAUCCCUCCAGAGAUCAGCCCAGAUGGACAUUACUUGAGGAAUAACUGGGAGAAACGACCCAUUAUCUCUCCAGAGGGUGAAUUGGAAGAUGACGGAGCAUUUGAUUCUUCAGAAGAUAACCCUAACACCCCGAAUGUCCAUCCAGUUUUCCAGAACGCCGAUCUGUCUUCUGAUCCCUCUACAUCUGGGAGAAGUUUUCCAGAUCAUUCCCCUCCUGCCACCCACCAUACCCUUCACAGGGGCUUGUUUAAGAGGAGAGCAGCACAAAUGGGGAAAAGCAGCACUCGAGCGGGAACAAGCGGCCGGAAACGAGCUCUAGCUUCUGCCGCACUUAGCAGUGAGGAUGAUGACGAUGAGGCUGGUCCACCGAAAAAGUUGGGAGGCGGCUUGAGGAACAUCAGAUUUUCCCAUGAGGAGAAUUGUGUCCUGGUCCACACAGUGAUCGAGAACUGGACAAGUCUGUAUGGGGCUCUGUCUCAGAAAAUAUCAUUUGCUCAAAAAAAGUACCUGUGGCAGGUUGUGGUUUCGGCUGUUAAUGCAGUCAGCCAUUACGGUAGGACGGUGCACCAUUGCAAGAAACGCCUCUCCGAUAUCAAAAGGUAG